CCAGACCCAAACCUAUGACCUAAUCAGUAACGUUAUUUCGCGGCGCAUACCAUCGCUGUAGCUCGACACCGACGCCUUACUCCACACAUAUCAACAUGUCUUUGGCACAAGCAAUAAAGGGCGAUAUGCCCUACCAAGUGCGCUCACUUUAUCGUUCUCUGCUUCGACAGGGCAGUCAAUUCGCCGCCUACAACUUCCGCGAGUACGCCAAACGAAGAACACGCGACGCCUUCCGGGAACACCAGAAAGAGGCGGAGGAGAGAAGAGUGCAAGAUCUUAUGCAGAAGGGGCUGAAGGAGUUGCAGAUGCUGAAGAGGCAAACCGUCAUAAGCCAGUUUUACCAGAUCGACCGAUUGGUCGUCGAGGGCGGCAAGGAGGGCAAGCAGACAGGCAACAGGAACGACAUCAUCAGACAGAAGGAUCAAGGUUGGGACUGAGCCCUAUCAUAAGUGCUAUAAUUGAGCAGAGAUCAAUGUUGGAUCAUGUAACAACACUAUCCACUCCCCUUCGAGCGAACAAUCGAGCAGAUAGAUGGGCCUUAGAUUUGGCAUGUGCUUCAGGUGGUAUCUGAAAUCUUGUGGGAAUAUGGAUGCCUUCAGUUGUGGUACCACGAGUGUAUUAUAGGGUGCUUACUGUUCGUCAACAACAUUGUAGUAAUUGCGCAUGGACACAAACAACACUGAUAUUGACAAACACUCUGUCUACCUGUAGCUGGA